AUGAGUGUGGGAACUUCAACAAUGUAUGUGAACAGUAGCACAGCAGUGUUAUUGCAAACAGCCCAGGCAUUAGUCGGUCAACCUGGAAGUUCUGGGCGUAAAGUGAAAGAGAGGAUUGUAUUUGAUUCUUGCAGUCAACGUACCUAUGUCUCACAACAUUUAAAGGAAAACCUCGAUCUUAGUCUUGUUGGAAGUGAUACAUUGAAGAUAACAGCCUUUGGGGAUGAUGAACCAAGUCAAAAAGAAUAUGAGCAAGUACAAUUUUCCAUAACAGCACUUGAUGGGAUGGAACUUUAUGCAAAGGGGUAUGUUGUGCCAACCAUCUGUAGUCCGAUUUGUACUCAAAGCGUUCAGGCAGUAGUCGAAAGAUAUCCUCACCUUUGUGGGUUGUGUCUAGCUGAGAAAUCAAGUCUCUCAAAUGAAGUUGAAGUUGAUGUUCUGCUGGGAGCAGACUAUUAUUGGAACUUUGUUACCAAUAUCAUCAGAAGAGGCGUAAGUCCUGGACCAGUUGCCAUCUGGACAAAGCUCGGAUGGGUAUUAUCCGGACCUGUGGUUACCAGCAGCCCAGAGAACCCUCAACAAACAUCUGUGAACUUGACCACCACCAACGUUCUUCGAGUUGAAACCUCGACUGUACAACCUGAGAAUAUACCAAACCUAAAGAAUGAACUUGUUAAAUUCUGGGAUUUAGAAACAUUGGGGAUUCAGGAAAAGGAACCGUCUGUUUACGACAAGUUCACACAAGAAGUGCAUUUUAAUGGUGACCGGUAUGAAGCAAAACUGCCUUUUAAGGAUGAACACCCACUCCUUCCAGACAACUACAGCAUUUGCGAGAAGCGACUAGGGUCCUUGAUUAAGCGUCUCCGUGCAACACCAUCUGUUUUGCAGGAAUACCAUAAGGUUAUUGAAGAUCAACUUAACACUGGAGUAGUCGAACUAGUCGAAGAAGUUGAUGGGAAGUCACCUGGACAUGUUCAUUAUUUGCCACACAAGGAAGUUGUGAGAAAUGAUAAAGAUACAACUAAAUUAAGAAUCGUAUAUGAUGCGUCAGCGAAGAAAACCGGUCCUAGCCUGAAUGAUUGCCUUUAUGUUGGCCCCCCUCUUACACCAUUAAUAUUCAACAUCCUUACCUGA